GGCCUCUCUCCCUCGUACCACCACGUCUAAUGUCCUCUGCAGGCUGAUCUGCUACGCCCAACUCCGCUGUACAUGAUGUCCAAACCGCUCGACAAUGCUCUGCACACGUCCCCGCUCAUCGAGUUCCUCAAUGCGCUCCCAUCGCCGCUUGCGACUACUCUGGUCGGUCUCGCCCCUUCCAUAGCUAGAGCGCGGUACCUUGUACAAAUACUCAGCUGGAAGGCGCCAUGGGAGGACUGUUGGCUGGCUCUUGCCUCGUGGUGGGCGGUGUGUCUUGUACCGGAGCUCGGCUUGAGGUACCUCCUACCGCCAGCUGUGUUCAUCCUAUUUCUAGUAUUGCGCUCAAGAUCUGCUGCACAGCAAAACACUGCUCUAGUGACGGAAGACACGAUCCAACGUGCCAUUGCCGAUCUAACGACCAUCCACGCUUUCCUCCCUGCUCUCCCCUCAGUCUCCUCCGCCAGCGCCGUCCUCCCACUCUUAGCUCUCCUCCGCGUAUUUGCUGUACUCUACACCCCCUAUCUAUUCCUCACCUACCUCGUACGACUCCGCAUCCUCCUCGCCAUCAGUGGCACCAUCCUCCUCACUUGGCGCGCGCGCUGGGCCGCAGUCGUCCGGCGCGGCCUCUGGCGAAGCGCGCACCUCCGCUGGGCCGCCUACCGCGCCUGGUCCGUCAUGUCCGGCCAGCCGCUCCCCCCAAUCACGCUCUCCCCGCAGACGCGCUCGGACGCCGAGGUGGCUUCGCUCGCAUCGUCGUCCUCGCUGUCCCUAGCAUCGGGCGCCCCCGGCUCGUCCUUCCGCUUCCUGUUCACGAUCUACGAGAACCAGCGGUGGUGGAUGGGGCUCGACUGGACGGCCGCGCUCCUCCCUGGGGAGCGGCCCUCCUGGUGCUCGGCGUCACAACAACCCGCCGCGCCCCCGAGUGCGUUCGCGCUGCCCGCGCCCACUACAGUAUACACGCUGGCCCCUGAUGGGAAGCAGCGCCUGAAGCGCACGGCGCGGUGGCAGUGGGAGGAGCACGAGUGGCGCGUGGUCGUGCGCCGCGAGGGGAGCGGGACGAGCCGUGUGGAGAGGCCGCUGCCGAGCGCGAAGGAGGAGAGCGCGGCGGCGGCGAGUGCGACGCGGCUGCUGAAGGCGGCGGGGAAGAUGCGGCAGCCGAGCGUGGAUGCUGGGAAGGGCGAGAAGGAGGGCGAUGGGGAGAAGGCGGCGGAGGAUGGCGCGGAGCACGAUGAUGAGGAAACGGAGCCGUACACUGACCCGGAUGGGUGGGUGUAUGCGGACAACAAGUGGGAGGGCGCGAGCGGCAAGGGUGGGAUGGGCAAGUACACCCGAUAUCGUCGUUGGACACGGGUCGCCGUGCUCACCGAGACCGUUGAGCUGGUUCCGCCCGGCGAGCUGGGCAUCCAGCGAGACGAGUCGACGUCCGUCUCCGACGGCCACGAUGCGGGCACGGUCGCAACACCAGCUCAGAACGGCGACGCGAAGGCACAGCCACAAGAACCUACCGACGGCGCACAUCUGCCGGGGAGUACGGGCGCCGCUGCGGCGUCGGCGGAGAUCGUGCAGCCUGCAGAGGACGAGGGGUCGCGGCUGAGGCAGCGGUUGAAGGCCGCGGUGAAAGGCGCGACGGGCCAUUCAUAGUGUGUGUAUGCUUUGGGGCUGCGCUGGCUUGUACGAAGAUGACGUUUUGCUGCUUGAUUCCGGAGGCGUGCACUCUAGCCGGUUGGCUCAUGUAUGUAUGUAUUAGUGAUUAUUCAACACCUAUUUUCAU